AUGGACGUUGAGAUCAUCCAGCUGAUUCCGAUCAGCCAGACUAAUCAACCUGAUUUCUGGGCAUGGCAGUAUGACAAAAUGGGGAUUUUCUCUGUUCGGUCGGCGUAUAAGAUGAUGGAAGAAGCAAAGAGGAGAAGGGUCGAUUGGCUGGAAGGCAGAGAGGCCUCGUCUAAUGUCGAAGGGGAGGAUGCGAGCUGGAAGAAGCUUUGGAAACUAAAGGUUCCCUCAAAACUGCGCAUUUUUGCCUGGAGAAAUACAUCAGUGAGAUUGAGUGAGAGAAGAAAGAACCUGCCAAACCAGGAGCGAGCAGAUGCUAAGUGGCUGCCACCUGAUGUAGGUUUCUGCAAGAUCAACGUGGAUGGUGCCGUAGCAAAGUCCUGCUUUAGAGGGGCUGCUGGUGCAGUUUGUCGCGACGAGCGUGGGAGGUUCUUGGGAGCAUCGGUGGUUGUCUAUGCAGGUGUGAUUGAUCCCACCAUGCUGGAGGCGUACACUUGCAAGGAGGCCCUGGAGCUCGCGGAGGACCUGAGUCAACACAAGUUGAUGAUAACAUCUGAUUGUCUGAAUGUCAUCAAUGACAUUAGAGCUAAGUCUUACAAAGGCUACUACUGCAUGAUUCUGCGAGACAUAGAGCAGCGUCGAGUAUCGUUUCAAGCGACCAAAUAUGGUCACGAACAGAGGGAAGCAAAUGGGGAAGCUCACAGGCUAGGAUGGCUACCACUUUAG